GUCAACUUCUCCUAGGGUACCACUAAAAUCAGAAAAUAAACGACAAGAAAAAAAUUAAACAAAAGGGACGAGCAACAUAUUAUCACUCAUUGUUCAUAUGAAUGCUCAUACAAUGGAUGUAGCCUUGAAAAGUGGAGCUUUACAUCUGGUUCACCUUGAAUUGUGAUCAUGAACGAAUGUUUCUGUUCUUCUCAUUCAUUCUGUUCCACUACGUUGGAGGAAGAAGAUGUCCGGGAGGAGCGAGGAGUGCACCAUGACCGGGACAUGCCACUGGGGCAAAGGGAAAGUGGCACUGGUGACAGGAGCUGCCCGGAGGGUAGGCAAGGCCAUCACGAGCGCCUUGCACAGGCACGGCUACAACGUUGUCAUUCACUUCAACACCUCCAGGGAUGAGGCCGAGGCUUUUGCCGGAGAACUCAACAAGAUCAGGUCAGACAGCGCUUUUGUCAUCAAGGGUGAUCUUUCGAAAGACGUGGUGGACACCUGCAGGAGGCUGGUGUCCGAAGCUGAGGCUAAAUGGGAUCGCCUUGACCUCCUGGUAAACAACGCCUCUCUCUUCUUCCUGACGCCUCUGGUUUCAGCUACAGAUCAUCAAUGGAAUCAACUCAUGGACACAAAUGUCAAAGCUCCUUACUUUCUCUCACAGGCAGCAGCUCCUCACCUGCGCAAGACAAAAGGAAGCAUCAUCAACUUAGGGGACAUCAUUGGGGAGCAGGCCUCACCUCCCCUCACCAUCUACGGCAUGAGCAAAGCCGCCCUUAUCAUGGCUUCCAAGAACCUGGCCAUCGAGCUCGGACCUGAGGUCAGAGUGAAUUAUAUUUGCCCUGGUGCUGUGAUGUGGCCAGAGGUAGAGAAGGAACAUCAUGAUGAUACCUUCAGAAAGGAAUGGCUGGCACGGACGCCUCUCGGGAAAAUUGGAACCGGUGAAGACGUCGCUGACGCAGCUAUGUACCUAGCGUCUCCUGCAGCUUCCUACGUCACGGGAACCGGCAUUAAUGUCUGCGGAGGACGCUCCCUCAGGUUGUAAUGAAUCAUAGCAGUCCUAUGUGGAAUGAGUAAGAUACUUUGAGAAUCAUAGUUACUGUAGUAAAAUAUAUGUCUGAAAAGGA